CCCAGGGCGGGUACGGCAGGAAGACUCGCUGUGUCUGGAGGAGGGGUGCGGUGUGGAGGCAGCAGCCUCCCUGGCAUGGGGGUGAAGCGGAGCCUUCAAAGCGGGGGCACCUUGCUGGGCUUCUUGGCCAACAUCCUCACCAUUCUGUCCACGGCCACCAACUACUGGAUCCGCUACUCUGGGGGCCACAGUGGCCUGUGGCAGGAGUGCAGCGGGGGCACCUGCUCCAACAUCCCCUGCCAGACCAUGCUGGCGGUGACCGGGGCGUGCAUGGUGCUGGCGACGGGCUGCAGCAUCGUGGGCUUGGUGAUGGGGCUACGGAUUCUGUGCCAGGAGGGCGACUCGCGGGGCCGGACCACGAGUGCCAUCUUCUUCCUCUGCGGCUUGCUGCUGCUGAUCGCCAUGACAGGCUACACAGUGAAGAACGCAUGGAAAAACGACGUCUUCUUCUCCUGGUCCUACUUUUCGGGGUGGCUGGCUUUACCCUUCUCUGUUCUCGCGGGCUUCUGCUUUCUGCUGGCGGACAUGAUCAUGCAGAGCACGGAUGCCAUCAGUGGAUUCCCCGUGUGCUUAUGACCGCAGCUGCCUGGGGCAGAAUAAAGGAACUGCUUCCAUU